AUGUACACUGAUCAUCAGGGCACUGAUAAUCAGUGUAGCCCCAUCAGUGCCACCUGCCUGUGCCCAUCAGUGCACAUCAAUGUCACAUAUUAGUGCCUACCAGUGCAUAUCAGUGCCCAUCUGAGCUGCCUUUCAGUGCCACCUAUCAAUGCCAGUCAGUGCCGCCUAUCAAUGCCAAUCAAUGCUGCCUAUCAGUGCCCGUCAGUGCUGCCUAUUAGUGCCGCCUAACAGUGCCAGUCAGUGCCACCUAUCAGUGCCAUCAGUGCCGCCUAUCAGUGCCCAUCACUGCAGCCUCAUUAGCGUACAUCAGUGAGUCAUCAAUUAGUUAUUUACAAAUUUUUUUAA